GUUAGUCUAACUCUUUUUUAAUCUCCACACUCAUUUUGAGCAGUGGUACUUGAUGGCAAAGAAGAAGAAGACCUGGUUCAGUCUAAUUAAGAGGUUUUUCAUUUCAGAGCCACAACCAAGAAGGGAAAAGGAUAAGCGAAGGAGAUGGGUGUGCCGAUUGCUUAAAGUGAAAGAACUCGUGCCAUCGUCUCCGCGGGAAAGGCUACCAUGGCAACUCACAGCAACAGACACUCCUGAGCUUCAGCAGAAUGGGGAAACAGCUCAUCCCGAAUCUUCUGAAAACCACAAUCAUGCCAUUAUUCGCAACAACACAUUAGAAGCUUCGGCUGCCAUCAAAGUUCAAGCUGCAUUUCGUGGUUAUCUAGCUAGGAAAGCACUACGAGCACUGAAAGGAGUCGUCAAGCUUCAAGCUCUUAUUCGAGGUUGGGCUGUUCGACAGCAAGCUAUCAACACCCUCAAGUGUCUGCAGUCCAUAGUAAACAUCCAAUCAGAAGUUUUCUCAAACAAGUGUGAAAGAGUUACGGAGUUGCGGUGUAAAGAUUACAAAUCACAGGAUUUCAGCGAAAAGGACAUAAAGGUAGAUCUCAACAGCCAAAAGAGGUGGGAUGACAGUACAUUGACCAAGGAAGAGCUAAAAGCCCUGCUUCUUACUAAAAGAGAGGCUUCUAUCAAGAGAGAGAGGGUUAGAGAAUACUACUUGAACCACCGGAGAUCUGCAGAAACAGAACGUGACAAGGUAUAUGGGAGACGGAGAUAUUGGUUAGAACAGUGGGUAGAUUCCCAGCUAGCUAAAAGUGAAAGUCCAGGCAAUUUGAUUGGAACCUUGUCAGCUAAUUCAAGAAACAUAGAUGAAAUUGGGGGCAAACUGAGAAAUUUUCAAAAGCAAUAUCAAGCAGAUGUUUCAGAGUCUCCUGCAUAUGUCCCAAGAAAACCAUAUCAUCAUAGGAAGCAGCGGUCCACAGGAGAUGAAACUUUAUUUGUAGGUUCUCCUAUCAUUCCUGCAUACAUGGCCUCGACAGAAUCUGCCAAAGCGAAAGCUAGAUCAACGAGCUCCCCAAGAUUACGACCACUUAGUUUUGAUGUAUGUUCUGAGAUUACCUCUCCUUAUAAGCAUAAGCUGUCUCCAAUAUCAUCUAUUAACAGUGAGCUGACAAGCAGUAGUUGGGUUGGGAAUCAUUAUCAUAUGGGAUCCUCACAUCGAUCUCCACGCUUUAAAGGAUCACCUGGUCCAAUCAAAUCAACGAUGAGCACGAAGGACAUCAAACUUUGGGGCCUUCAUCACCAAAUAGGUACUAAUGUUUCUCCCACAGCUUGUGCAUGUCCAUUGGGGAAAUAAACUGUAGCAGAUAUCUGGGAUGGGAUAUUUUACUUAAGUUUCAUGCAAGUUAUUGUAUCUUAUAUCUUACAACCAAAACAUGAAGUACCAUGUCAGUGAUAUAUCCAUUCCGUUAAAAGAAUUGGAAAGGAGCAUAAGGACUCUCUGAUCUUCAUUGUACAGAAGUUUAAUAUAGUAAUCAACUAGCACUGGUUUCUAAAAAAAAAAUUGUAACUUCAAUUAUCCCAGAAUUUGAAGUGCUAUUGACUAUUAAGUUUGGACCUCUGCUUCCAGGUUAACGUGAUAUUUUUCCCUCUA